UACCUUCACUUUUCACUCCAAGCCCUUCUUAGGCAGGCUUGUGGAGGCCACAGAGCUGAAACAAUUCCCAGCUUUAUUUCACCCCCUCUGCAACUGCACCCCCUCGUUCCCCCUGCUGUCGGAGUGAGUAAAAGCUUUCGGGUGAAAGAGUACCCUCCCCUCUCCUGCGUUUGCGACAGGGAAGGGGUGUGGGUGUGAGCGUUUGAGGGGAGGGGGUAGAGGCCACUUUUGAAUGGCCAGGGAGGGAAGACAGAAGAAGAACAAUCGGGGGAGAAGCAGCAUGCUAACCCAGCCUCCCCUGCGUCUGUUUACCUAUACUGCCACAGUAUUGCCUGCUUCUUGAGCGCUGGACUUGAAUUGGGCUGAUCCCUAACGGAUCGGCCCCUUGCAUCUCUUCCGGAGGAAAGCUUGCUUUUCUUCAAACUCGUGGUGGAAAGAGAAGGAAAGAGGGAAAGUGGGAGGGACUGUGGACUGGAGUGGAGAAAAGAGAAGAAGAAAGAGAAAGAAAGCAAGCAAGCACAGAAGCAAAAACACAGAAGACCUCUCCUUCCCUCCUUUACCCUUCCCUUGGCUUAUUUUAGACCUUCCCUCUGUUUUUCUUGCCUGGUGUUGUUUUUCCUGUGGCUUUCCCUGGAACAUUUUUUAAGGAAUUUAAGGAUCUACUUUCCCUGUGAGUAGGGGAGCAUGGAGACAGAAUGGGGCUCUGGGUCGGACCUCUAUCAGGGGGCUGGCUUCCCCGCCCAGAUGCCCUUCAACUACAACCAGCUGGAUGGACGUUUUAAGCAGCUGCAAGAUGAGCGUGAGGCGGUGCAGAAGAAGACCUUCACGAAAUGGGUCAACUCACACCUGGCCCGAGUUUCCUGCCGCAUCACAGACCUGUACAUGGACCUGCGGGAUGGACGCAUGCUCAUCAAGCUGCUGGAGGUGCUCUCUGGAGAAAGACUGCCCAAGCCCACAAAGGGCCGCAUGAGGAUCCACUGCCUGGAGAAUGUGGACAAAGCCCUUCAGUUCCUCAAGGAGCAGAGGGUCCAUCUGGAGAACAUGGGCUCCCAUGACAUCGUCGACGGGAAUCAUCGCCUAACGCUUGGUCUCAUCUGGACCAUCAUCCUCCGCUUCCAGAUCCAAGACAUCAGUGUUGAGACAGAAGACAACAAAGAGAAGCGCUCAGCCAAAGACGCUCUGCUUCUGUGGUGUCAGAUGAAGACAGCAGGCUAUCCGAAUGUCAACAUCCACAACUUCACUACCAGCUGGCGUGACGGGAUGGCCUUCAACGCUCUCAUUCACAAACACAGGCCAGACCUGAUCGACUUUGACAAGCUGAAGAAGUCCAAUGCUCACUACAACCUGCAGAAUGCCUUCAACCUGGCCGAGCAGCACCUGGGACUGACCAAACUGCUGGACCCUGAGGAUAUCAGUGUGGAUCACCCUGAUGAGAAAUCAGUCAUCACCUACGUCGUCACAUACUACCAUUACUUCUCCAAGAUGAAGGCACUGAAGGUGGAGGGCAAGCGUAUUGGGAAGGUGCUGGACAAUGCCAUUGAAACAGAGAAGAUGAUUGAGAAAUACGAGUCUCUGGCCUCCGACCUGCUGGAGUGGAUCGAGCAGACCAUCAUCAUCCUCAACAACCGAAAGUUCGCCAAUUCGCUGGUCGGGGUUCAGCAGCAGCUCCAGGCUUUUAACACCUACCGCACUGUGGAGAAACCACCCAAGUUUACAGAGAAAGGCAACCUGGAGGUCCUUCUGUUCACCAUUCAGAGCAAGAUGAGAGCCAACAACCAGAAAGUGUAUAUGCCCAGAGAGGGCAAACUCAUCUCAGACAUUAACAAGGCAUGGGAGCGCUUGGAGAAGGCGGAGCACGAGCGAGAGCUGGCUCUGAGGAAUGAGCUGAUUCGUCAGGAGAAGCUGGAGCAGCUGGCGCGCCGUUUCGACCGCAAGGCCGCCAUGAGAGAGACCUGGCUCAGCGAGAACCAGCGGCUAGUGUCACAGGACAACUUUGGCUUCGACCUGCAGGCAGUAGAGGCUGCCACCAAGAAGCACGAGGCCAUCGAGACGGACAUCGCUGCGUACGAGGAGCGAGUGCAGGCCGUAGUGUCCGUGGCCCGCGAGCUGGAGGCCGAGAACUACCACGACAUCAAGCGCAUCACUGCCCGCAAAGACAACGUCCUGCGCCUGUGGGAAUACCUGCUGGAGCUGCUGAAGGCCCGCAGACAGAGGCUGGAGAUGAACCUGGGUCUGCAGCGUGUCUUCCAGGAGAUGCUCUACAUCAUGGACUGGAUGGACGAGAUGAAGAUGCUGCUGCUCUCUCAGGACUAUGGGAAGCACUUGCUGGGAGUGGAGGAUCUGCUUCAGAAGCACGCUCUGGUCGAGGCCGACAUCGGCAUCCAGGCUGACCGAGUCCGGAACGUCAACUCCAACGCCCAGAAGUUUGCUAUUGACGAUGAUGGCUAUAAGCCCUGUGACCCGCAGGUGAUCCGGGACCGCGUAGCUCAUUUGGAGUUCUGCUAUCAGGAGCUGACCCAGCUGGCUGCAGAGCGGCGGGCGAGGCUGGAGGAGUCCCGGCGGCUGUGGAAGUUCUUCUGGGAGAUGGCGGAGGAGGAGGGCUGGAUCAGGGAGAAGGAGCAGAUCCUGUCGUCUGACGACGUGGGUAAAGACCUGACCGGAGCCGUGCGGCUGCUGAGUCAGCACCGGGCCCUGGAGGAUGAGAUGAGCGGACGGGGCGGGCACCUGCAGCACACCGUGCGGGAGGGUCUGGCCAUGGCUGAUGCCGGGCACUUCGGCGAGACCCGUAUCCGAGAGCGCGUGGCGGAGGUUCAGGCCCAGUGGGCGGCGCUGGAGCAACUGGCUGCUGUCCGGAAAGCCCGGCUGGAGGAAGCCUGCGGGCUGCACCAGUUCCAGGCUGACGCGGAUGACGUGGACGCCUGGACGUUGGAUGCUCUGCGCAUUGUCUCCAGCGGCGACGUGGGCCACGAUGAGUUCUCCACGCAAGCCCUGGUCAAGACACACAAGGACGCCGCAGCCGAGGUUGCCAGUUACCGCCCCGUGAUCGACGCCUUGCACGAGCAAAGCCGGGCGCUUCCUCCAGAGCUGGCGGAGUCGGCCGAUGUUAGCGGGCGUCUGGCGGGUAUCGAGGAGCGCUACAAGGAGGUGGCUGAGCUGACCCGGCUGAGGAAGCAGGCCCUGCAGGACGCACUGGCUCUUUAUAAAAUGUUCAGCGAGGCUAACGCCUGCGAGGUGUGGAUUGACGAGAAGGAGCAGUGGCUCAACAGUAUGGAAAUCCCUGAAAAGCUGGAGGACCUGGAAGUCAUUCAGCACAGGUUUGAGAGUCUGGAGCCUGAGAUGAAUAACCAAGCGUCUCGCGUCGCCGUGGUCAACCAGAUCGCCAGGCAGCUGAUGCACAGUGGACAUCCAAGCGAAAAGGAUAUCAAAGCCCAGCAGGACAAACUCAACACAAGAUGGAGUCAGUUCCGAGACCUGGUGGACCAGAAGAAAGAGUCUCUGAACUCUGCUUUGGGUGUGCAGAACUACCACCUGGACUGCAACGAGACCAAGUCGUGGAUCCGCGAGAAGACCAAAGUCAUCGAGUCCACACAGGAGCUGGGUAACGAUCUGACGGGCGUGAUGGCCCUGCAGCGCAAGCUGACUGGCAUGGAGCGUGACCUGGCCGCCAUCGAGGCCAAGCUGGGUGACCUGAAGGGUGAGGCGGAGCGGCUGGCGGGUGAACACCCAGAGCAGGCAAAGGCUAUCACUGGCCGUCUGGCCGAGAUCGACUCGGUGUGGGAGGAGAUGAAGGACACACUGCGUAACCGCGAGGCCUCCCUGGGUGAAGCCAGCAAACUGCAGCAGUUCCUGCGCGAGCUGGAUGACUUCCAGUCCUGGUUGUCCCGCACACAGACGGCCAUCGCCUCCGAAGACAUGCCCAACACGCUGGCCGAGGCUGAGAAGCUGCUGGCCCAGCACGAGGGCAUCAAGAACGAAAUCAACAACUACGAGGAGGACUACCAGAAGAUGCGGGACAUGGGAGAGAUGGUGACCCAGGGCCAGACUGACGCUCAGUACAUGUUCCUGAGGCAAAGGCUGCAGGCGCUGGACACCGGCUGGAACGAGCUGCACAAGAUGUGGGAGAACAGGCAGAACCUCCUGUCCCAGUCCCACGCCUACCAGCUCUUCCUCAGAGACACCAAGCAGGCUGAGGCCUUCCUCAAUAAUCAGGAGUAUGUGCUGGCUCACACUGAGAUGCCCACCACUCUCGAGGGAGCAGAGGCUGCCAUAAAGAAGCAGGAGGACUUCAUGACCACAAUGGACGCCAAUGAGGAGAAGAUCAACAGUGUGGUGGAAGCUGGACGCAGAUUGGCCAGUGAUGGAAACAUCAACACCGAUCGAAUCCAGGAGAGAGCAGCUUCUAUUGAUGAAAGACAUAAGAAGAACCGUGAGGCGGCAGUGGAGCUGCUGAUGAGGCUGAAGGAUAACAGAGACCUGCAGAAGUUCCUGCAGGACUGCCAGGAGCUGUCCCUGUGGACCAACGAGAAGAUGCUGACCGCACAGGACAUGUCGUAUGAUGAAGCCAGGAACCUACACAGCAAGUGGCUCAAACACCAGGCCUUCAUGGCUGAAUUACAGUCCAACAAGGAGUGGCUGGACAAGAUUGAAAAGGAAGGGAUGCAGCUGGUGGCUGAGAAGCCUGAGACAGAGGCUAUAGUGAAGGAGAAGCUGUCUGCGCUACAGAAGCAGUGGCAGGAGCUGGAGUCCACCACACAGACUAAAGCCCAGUGCCUGUUCGAUGCCAACAAGGCUGAGCUUUUCACACAGAGCUGUGCUGACCUCGACAAGUGGCUGGGAGGUCUGGAGGGGCAGAUCCAGUCAGAUGAUUAUGGCAAGGAUUUGACCAGCGUCAACAUCCUGCUGAAGAAGCAGCAGAUGCUGGAGAACCAGGUGGAGGUGCGUAAGAGGGAGGUGGAGGAGCUGCAGUCGCAGGCUCACGUACUGCGGCAGGAGGGAAAGGACACGGACGAGGUUGACGGACGGCGAGAGGUGGUGGAGAAAAAGUUCCAGGAGAUGCUGGAUCCUCUGAUGAAGAGGAAGAACUUCCUCAUGGCCUCCAGAGAGAUCCACCAGUUCAAUCGUGAUGUGGAGGAUGAGAUUCUCUGGGUUGAGGAGAGAAUGCCAAUUGCUACUUCAACAGACCAUGGCCACAACUUACAGACUGUUCAGCUUCUAAUUAAGAAGAACCAGACCUUACAGAAGGAGAUCCAGGGUCAUCAGCCACGCUGUGAUGACAUCUUCGAGCGCAGUCAGAGCAUCCUGAAGGAGGACAGCCCCAGUGUGGAGGCCAUCAAGGCGAGGCUGUCCGACCUGCAGACCCUCUGGGACCUCAUCAUCCAGGAGACUGAGAAGAGGCAUGAGCGUCUGGAGGAGGCCCACAAGGCCCAGCAAUACUAUUUCGAUGCUGCCGAGGCUGAGGCCUGGAUGAGCGAGCAGGAGCUCUACAUGAUGUCUGAGGAGAAAGCCAAGGAUGAGCAGAGCUCAGUGACCAUGCUGAAGAAGCAUCAGAUCCUGGAGCAGGCAGUGGAGGACUACGCUGAGACCGUCCACCAGCUCUCCAAGACCAGCCGUGGCCUGGUGGCCGCCAAUCACCCAGAGAGUGAGAGAAUAGGGAUGCGCCAGUCUCAGGUGGAUAAGCUAUACGCAGGACUGAAGGACCUGUCGGAGGAGAGGAGAGGAAAACUGGACGAACGGUUCCGUCUCUUCCAGCUGAACCGGGAGGUGGAUGAUCUGGAGCAGUGGAUCGCAGAGAGAGAAGUGGUGGCAGGAUCGCAUGAGCUGGGACAGGAUUACGAACACGUGACGAUGUUACAGGAGCGUUUCCGUGAGUUCGCUCGCGACACCGGUAACAUCGGUCAGGAACGCGUGGAUUCAGUGAACCGAAUGGCUGACGAGCUCAUCAACGCCGGUCACACUGAUGCAGCGACGGUCGCAGAGUGGAAGGACGGGCUGAACGAGGCGUGGGCGGAUCUUCUGGAGCUGAUCGAUACCCGCACGCAGAUCCUGGCCGCGUCCUACGAGCUGCACAAGUUCUACCACGACGCGAAGGAGAUCCUGAGCCGCAUCCUCGACAAACACAAGAUGCUGCCUGAAGAACUGGGCCGAGACCAGAACACAGUGGAGACGCUGCAGAGGAUGCACACCACCUUCGAGCAUGACAUCCAGGCACUGGGGACACAGGUGCGGCAGCUGCAGGAAGAUGCGGUGCGUUUGCAGUCGGCGUAUGCUGGUGAUAAAGCAGACGAUAUCCAGCGCAGGGAGACUGAAGUUUUGGACGCAUGGCGGAAUCUACUGGAAGCCUGUGAAGGACGAAGGGCGCGUCUGCUGGACACCGGAGACAAGUUCCGCUUCUUCAGCAUGGUGCGCGACCUCAUGCUCUGGAUGGAGGACGUCAUCCGCCUUAUCGAGGCCCAGGAGAAACCCAGGGACGUGUCCUCUGUGGAGCUGCUAAUGAACAACCACCAGGGCAUCAAGGCUGAGAUAGAUGCCCGUAAUGACAGCUUUACUGCCUGCAUCGAGCUGGGCAAGUCUCUGCUGGCACGGAAACACUACGCUUCAGAGGAGAUUAAAGACAAGUUGCUACAGUUGACAGACAAGAGGAAAGAAAUGAUUGACAAGUGGGAGGACAGAUGGGAAUGGCUAAGACUGAUUUUGGAAGUGCACCAGUUCUCACGGGAUGCGGGGGUGGCGGAGGCGUGGCUGCUGGGGCAGGAGCCGUAUCUGUCCAGCAGGGAGAUGGGUCAGAGUGUGGACGACGUGGAGAAACUGAUCAAGAGACACGAGGCUUUCGAGAAGUCAGCCGCUACCUGGGAGGAGCGCUUCUCUGCACUGGAGAGGCUGACCACGAUGGAGUUAUUGGAAGUGAGAAGACAGCAAGAGGAAGAGGAAAGAAGGAGAAAACCCCCCACGCCCGAGCCAGAAGAGAUCCAGGAACAGAGAGACGGAGAGCAGAUUGCUCAGAACGGACUGCCAUCAGACCAGGAUUCCCCUCGGGACGGAGUGGAUGGAGAGAUAGUGAACGGCGUGCCUGAGCGCAGCUCCAAAGAGCCCAGCCCCAUCCCGUCCCCGACCUCAGGCAGACGCACCAAGGGCAGCCAGUCGUCAACCCUGCCGGCCAAGGGCCAGGAUUCCCCCUCCGCCCAGCUGGAGGGCCUCCUGCACCGCAAGCAUGAGUGGGAGGGCCACAACAAGAAGGCCUCUAACAGGUCCUGGCAUAAUGUGUACUGCGUCAUCAACAACCAGGAGAUGGGCUUCUACAAAGACAAUAAGAACGCUGGGCAGGGAAUCCCGUAUCACAACGAAAUCCCCGUCAGUCUAAAGGACGCCGUGUGCGAGGUCGCCGUCGACUACAAGAAGAAGAAGCACGUUUUCAAACUGAGAGUGACAGAUGGAAAUGAAUAUCUCUUCCAAGCCAAAGAUGAUGAGGAGAUGAACACGUGGAUCCAGGCCAUUCAAAACGCGACCACCGGCUCCUCAGCCUCCGACAAGUCAGAAAUCACCCCCAGCAACCAGAGCACUCCCGUCUCCAGCCGCGCCCAGACGCUCCCGGCAACCGUCACCCUGACCACCGAGUCCAGCCCGGGCAAGCGGGAGAAAGACAAGGAGAAAGACAAAGAGAAACGCUUCAGUCUCUUCAGCAAGAAGAAGCAGUAGAGGCCUGUUCCCUAUUCCCAUAGCCUAACGGAAACAUUCCCCUCCCUCGCUUCCCCCACCCUUCCCCUACAUCUGUUCAUCAUUUCUUCUUUCUUUUCUCUUCCUUCUUUGCUUUUCUGUUUUCUCAUUCGUGUCUGUCCACCUUGAGUGAUAUUCCAGCAUGCAAGCUCAAGAACCAGUACACCACACUCUGUGCCUAAAGUCCCUCUGAUCGGGUUCCAAAGUCGCAUUAAAGGAAAAGAACAGAAACGAUUAUGUUAAAAAAUUAAGUUUAAAAAUAACAAAAAAAAAAAAAGAUAUCAUAUUUUUAGCUAGGGUGUGUUGUAUGUCAGGGAGCUCCACCUUCAAGUCUUCAAGUCGAGUUUGGAAAAUUCCAGAGGACCAGAUGUGUUUUUUAAGCUAUUCUGUUUUUAUUGUCAUUGAAUUUGAAAAUCUACGAUUAUUAUUAUUACUAUUAUUAUUAUUAUUAUUAUUAUUAAUUAUUAAAUAUCACUCUUUUUUGUAACUGUGUGUCGUUUGAAGGGUGUGGAUAUUUAAAACACUUUCCUCAAUUUUGUGAGGCUGUCUUGGAGAGGCGCCCGGCGUCCUCUCUUUGCUGUCCGGGUGGAGCAGAAGACAGUGAGUGACGCUUCGAUAAAAGAAAAAAAUGAAAAAACAAAAAGAAAACUGCCUGUGGACGAAACUCGAAUUCCAGAAUUUCAGAAUUCUAGACGAACAAAAAUUCCAUUAAUCUUCGCAGUAAUUCCAUUCGCUUUAGUUAGUCGCAGUUGACCGCUUGGACAAAUUGACCUUUUUGGGAAUCACUCGCUCGCUGUAGAAAUCCGUGUUAAAUAUGAAGGUAGAUUAACAAUAUUUGGGGCCAUGCUUGUCUCGUGUCCUUCAGUUAAAGCUGAAGUGGGUCUUAAACCAGAUUCUGAUUCUUGACCUGUAAGAAUGUUGCUAUAUACAGUACAAAAGAACUAGAAAUCCGUUCCUUUUUUUCCUUUAUUUUUUAUUUUUUACGUUUUCCUUCUUUUCUGGGUUUUUUUUUUUGUUUUUUGUUAUUUCUCCUAAGUUGCAUCAUAAUAUAUGUUUCAAAUAAUUCUAGUACAGAGUAUUGAAAAAAGCUAGAUGUAUUAUAAACACUCUAUAGCAUCAAUGUUAAGUGGAAAGUGGAACUCAAAGCAUUUACUGGAAAAAGGUAAAGUUACUCAAAAAAGAAAAAAAAUACGGUUGCUUGCUUGUUGGCUAUAGCACUACGCAUUCUAAUUCUUUUUCUUUUUUGCUACAUUAUCCCGCUCUUUGAUACAUAGUGUGCAUUUCUCUGUCACUGUAUGUAUUGUAAUGAAAAAAAAAUGAAGAAGAAAUUCAUCUACUGCACAAUCAAAAACUACAUAAUAGGAAUGAAAUCCUUUUGCGAGGUCAGGGCUGUGGGGGGCGUAUAGUAAACCCCCACGUCUGACUCAGAUGUAUGAAACUGCACCUGUAGACCUUACCCCUCUCUGUUAAAUAUGUGCGAUGUCAUUAAAAUGCUUUUAAACAUUA